CCCUCAACUCAAACAAAUACUAGUACUCAUAAAUCAUUAUCCUCGUAUCAUUCCACAAACAAAACAAAAACAAUGGAGUAUGAUCAACCUAUGUCAGAGAGUCAUAGGUUUGAUUAUAGCUCAACUGUCGACACCUCUCGUCCUUUCACAUCUGUCAAAGAAGCCGUAGCCAUCUUCGGCGAACGUAUUCUUGUCGGAGAAAUAUACUCUCCAUCUCCGUCUCCAACUCCAAAGCCAUUCUCAUUCUCAGACACUACUACUACUAAUACUACUAACACUGCUACCGCAUCUUAUAGUUAUUCUCCUUCUGCGUCUAUUAAGCGAGAAUCAUCGUCUUGGAGAUCAAUGCCGUUGUCGCCAUCACCAUCACUGAUUAGUCCUAUCAAAUCAUCAUCAUUUAAAGAAGAAGAAAACAUCAUCAGUAAUAAUAGUGAAACACUUUUUGACAGCGUAAAGAAGCUGGAGGAAGAGCUUGAGAAAACAAAGACAGAACUGAAGAUUUUAAAGGAAAGAGGAAGUGAAACGGAGGUAGCAUUGGCAACACUGAACGCUGAGCUUCACAAGAACAUGUCAAAGUUGGCUCAAGCUGAAGCCGCAGCAGCUGGAAAAGCGGCUUCAAAGAGUGUGAGAUUUGAGAAGAUUGUUGAGAGAGAGAAUAUUCAUAAGAAUUCAGAAUCACAAACACUGGCUCAUAUAAUAAGUCUUGGAGAGAAUGACCAUAUAUUUGGAGGGAAAAAGAGGAAUAAUAGUAAUAAUAAGAUUAGAAAGCAGAAGCCUAUAGUUCCACUUGUGGGUGAUUUAUUUUUGUUUUUCAAGAGAAAGAGUUCUUCUUCUACUAAUCAUCGUAAUAAUCCUCUUUAUGCUUCUCCUUUUUAAUUCAUUUAUAUGUUUCAUUGUUUUUUUUUGUAAAUUGAUUGAUUCAUGUGUGAUUGGGAUUUGUAUUAUUAAUUUCUGGAAUGUGUGUGUUUCUUUGUUGUAAAGUUUAUGUAAAAGUUAAUGAUGUUUGUAUCUCUUCUAUACCCAUGAAAAGUUAAGAACCAGCUCAUGAGAAACUUAUGUAAAUAUGGCUCCGGAGGAAACAUAGGGAAUGACAAAUAAUCCAUUUGAUAAAUAAAGAUUUUCUUAGUAUCUA